GAUGAUAAUGAUGAUUUUCUAUUAUGAAUUUGAACAGUUUUUCAAAUUUAACGCAAAAAACAUGUAAAUUUCGCAAAACAAAGAACUGAUUUAAAGAAAAAAAAAUACUGUUCUAAAAUUCGAGCACCGACAAGAUAUGAGCCUUUCCAUAAUCAACGUUGUUACUUAAAUUUUAUUAAUUUAAAGAACUACAAUGUCAUUUAGGGAGAUUUCGUGAAAUGGAACAUAUUUUAAAAUUCAAAACAGAAUAACGCACACUGUCAAACUUGUGACAGUGUAUGUUGACAUCUGUCACUUUCCGUACAAAUCGUAUACAAAAGAAACCAUGUUUUGAGCUCGCAUCAUAAUAUUUCAGAAGCGGUGUUUUUGUUACUAUUAAACAUCAAUAAUCAAGUAGUUUUUUUUUUUCUCAUGUCAAUACUUUUUACUUUCAAAUGGAUGAUUUCAACCGUUUCAAAGUAAAGAAGUGUCCACCUUCAGUGUAUUAUAUUCCAUCAUUUUUGAGCGAAGAAGAAGAAGUGUCAAUUUUAAAACAGAUUGAUAAUACACCCAAACCGAAAUGGACGCAAUUGUGCAAUCGACGAUUGAUUAACUAUGGCGGUAUACCGCAUAAGAAUGGAAUGAUAGCUGAGGCAAUGCCAAGUUGGCUGAAAGAAACAGUAACGGCUGUGAAUAAUACUGGUAUUUUUAAUCAGGUGAAAGCAAACCAUGUAUUAGUGAAUGAAUAUUUACCCGGCCAAGGAAUAAUGCCACAUACUGAUGGACCUCUUUUCCAUCCAAUAAUCUGUACUCUAACGUGUGGUUCACAUACAAUUUUACGAUUCCACAAGAACAAUAUGUUAGACAAAGACUGUGAUGACAAUAAUACAAUGGCCGGAAAUAUUGACAGUAUAGUUUGUCAAUUACUCAUCGAGCCGCGUAGCCUCUUAAUAGUUAAAGAUGAUAUGUAUACAGAUUAUUUGCAUUCGAUUGCUGAUGAAACACACGACAAUAUAACCGCAGAUCUAGUGAAUUUGGAUCAAAGUAGUGAGCUUAAUCGAAUUGGUGUAACCAUCGCACGUAAUCGACGCGUAUCAUUAACUAUUCGUCAUGUACCAAAAACAAGUAAAUUUCAUUUAAGACUAGGUCAUUGAUAUUUUUCAAAAAAAAAAAAAUUGGCAAUGUCUUGUGAGCUAUCAAUAUUCAUUUAAUUAAAAUUAAAUACAUUUCUGAUAUAUGGUCGCAUUGCAUCCUUGAAGUGUCUCAAAAAUUCUGUGUCAUUUAAUUGUAUUCACAUUGCAUAGUCAUUGAUAUUCAGACUUCCCGAAGAUUUGUUCGUUUAUUUAAUGUUUUUGAUGGAAAGAAUAUAAAUAAAUGUUCCGUUGUUGAUUGUUAAGGAAAUGAAACGCAUACAUUUUUUCAAUGAAGACUUUCUCAACGUAUCAAUUUCAAAAACAAGCAUUUGUGAUCGAUAUGGACCAGUGGCGACAGUGUGAUGAUGACAGUUCACAGUUUAGUUGCGCGACAUAAUCAAUUUCACAAUAGAAUCAAAAUUAUACUUAGUUCUUUUUUUUUAGAAAUAUAAACAUUCAUGUGAAAAUUAAAUAGUUGUUCUUUGUGUCGACGAAUGUUGAAUUUCGUUGUAUUCACACAAUUGUUGUCAUUGUAACCCUAGGGGCUCGGAACAUGAAAAAAAAAAAAACAAAAUGAACACAGUUUUGACAAUUUUGUAUGAAUGUGGUGUAUGUAUAAAUGGAAAAUAUUGAGAAUAUUUUGAAUAUUUCUCAUAUUUACGUAAUUAUUUGUCAUUAUUCAGCUCGUAUAUGGCACCGAUCUAAAACACACACAACACAAAAUAAAAUUAAAAAAAGCCUAAAAAACUUAUAUUUCUUUGAUAAAAAAAUAAUUUGACUGAAGAACAUCAAAAAUGUAUAGGUAAAAGUGUUCUAAGUUUGUGUGAUUUUAUAAAUAACAUUCCACAAAAUGACAUACAUCAUUUGCCGCCAUUUUCAAAUUUACUAUAAUCAAAAUAUUGGGAAUAUUCAUAAUUAUUCACAGUAUUCUUCACACUCAAAAUGUACCAAUAUUCGUGAAUUAUUAUUGUUUAAACUCAAAAUAUAUCAAUAUUUCUGAUUAUGUGUGUUUUUUCAUCAAUAAAAAAUACUUCCGAGCCCCUAGUUGUAGCCAUAGUUUUAUUCUGAAUUCAUCACAUUAUAAUAAUCACAGGAGUGUUUUCGAGAUGAAUUUUGCCGUCAAUUUUCCAUUUGAUUCUUUUUUUGUUUAGAAAUAACAGAACAUUUGCAAAAUGUCAACUACAAAAUUCAUCGCUCAACCGAAAAAAAAAACAAAUUUAGUUUUGCUUACAUCAAACAUGGAAUAUUUGCUGUCGAUGGUUCUAACUGGUUCAGAUCAAGACAAUACUGUACUUUGAAGGUAUAAUACAAUGCAUUAUGCGAAAAAUGCUGUGUAUUUUAUCCUGGUCACACAAGUCAUUUCAAAUUAGGAAAUUUCGUAACAAAAAUUUCGCAACGUUUUGGUUACAUCGUACCGAGUGUUAUUCCGAGUGGAUAUCAAUUGUGUCGACGUUUUCAUCGAAGUAAGAUCACUAUUAAGAGGCUUGGAUUUUCUUUUGGCAUAUUUAAAACAAAAGUGUCAAGUGUGUUUCUUCUCUGUUCAGCUAUUAGAUUGAGCAUUGCUGUUUUAUAGUGUUUAUGUGCCAAUUAAAUCGAAAUAAUUUCAGAGAUUGAAUUUUUGUUGAAACUUGUUUGGAUUGCGUUCCGCGAAUGGGACGAAAAAGAAAAGGAACUGGUCGUAUUUUCGGUUCUAGUUCUGCAAGAAGAUGUCGGAAUUUUUGCAACCAAUCGGCGACAACAGCUCUCAAAGAAGAAUAUCAAGACACAGUGUUACCGUGGAUAGAAAAAAUUAGUAUUGAAUCCAGGAAAAUUUGUGAACUGGCGUAGAGAGGCGUAUUUUUGCAAAAGAUUAGAGAAGAAAAUGAAAAGGCAAAACGAACGAAUGAUUGUAAAUUUUUCGACGAUGGUGAUGGCAUUUACAUAAUUGAGGAAAGCUUUUUUGCCGUUCUCGAGACAUACAAAGAAAGUGAAAGCAUGGAUCCAUCUUAAGCCAUCGUUUCAAGGUGUGUGAAUGGUGUAUGCCAGAUGACGAUGAUUGGCCAGACAGAUUGAAGCUACCGACGAGCAAGCGAGAGCUGCUAUCCAAAUCAAGCUGUUGGUUUUGUGUCUAAGAUGAAAUGUUUUCGAAAAAACUGGUGACAAAACACAGUAUACGAUACGGAUUACAACGUUGUUCAGCUCCCAGACAAUAUUCGUGACGAAAAUGUCAUGGAUUUUACAGAAGACUUACACACUUCUUUUUGCAGGACAUUGUGAACUGUUUGGAUGUGAUCUCCAUCCCAACUUGACCGUUGAACGAAUUGCAUAUCCAAUAUGGAUUCCAAUAAUCUAAACCAAUAGAAAUAGGAUUGAAAUGUUAGACUAAAAAGUUAAUGUAAUAAUUAUUACUUGUAGCUGGUUACGAUUUACUAAAUCGGAUUUACUGAACCAGGUUUUGUCGGAUGAAGUUUGGAAGAGCAAGUAUUGAUUAUUCACUUUCAAUGCAAUAUGCAAGGAAGUCUGAAUAUCAGUCACUAUGCAAUGUAAAUACAAUUAAAUGACACAGAAUUUUUCGCUCUUCUAAUCCACGAUGUCCAUUUUUUUAUUUACAAAUUUGAGAAACACCCUAACGUAAUGUACAAAACUUUAGCCGUGCCGUAAAUUUAUUCACAUAAUUUACAUAUCGACAAAUAAAAAACAUGGAUCAUUUAGAUGAGAUUUAUAUUCAUUUACGAACUAAACGGAAAUAUUUUUUAUAGCAAUGUUUAAAUUGGAGUGUGGACACUUUCAAAUCGAAAUUCUUUUACAGAAAAGAAGAGAGGCACUACGAAACGAAAACAUGUUAUAUUAGUAUUGUCAUCUAGAAAUACGUAAUUUCUACUUGACUUGACAUAUAAGAACAACAAGUGUGUGUGUGUGUGUUAUUAAUAUACAGCUGGCUUUGACUGUACAUUAAUUUUUUUUUUUAUUAUCUAUAAAAUUUCACUUAAUAAAUAAUUUUUUAUCGCUUGUGGUGUCGAUCAGCCACAAUUUCUUUUUCUUUGUUUUUUCUUUGUUUUAUUGAUUUGAAUUCGUACGUAUAUCAUUUGAAGGUGAAUCGAAUUUCGGCAGCCAAAGAUCUGUUCACUUCUUAUAAAACUGAUAAUAGAAAAAACAAAAAACAAAAAUAUACAUAAAAACACAAUACAUAUAACAUGGUUAGAUCGAUUCAGUGUGAUGUCUAUUAUGUAUUAAAUUCAUUUCAGAGUUGAAAAUAAAGCAUUGAAUAAAUAGUAAAUAAUAAAAGCAAUCAAUUUCAAUUAGAAACUUGCGAAAUGACAAAAAGUCAUUUGAACAAGAGCAGGAACCGAACUGCAGACAGUAUUAAGUUGUAACCUUCAAUUAAAGAGAAUUAACAGAAUAAAUUGUUAUCUGUAUUUGAAA